AUGUUCAAUCAAAACCUUACAAAUGAAAAUGAAGAAAAUAUUACUGAAAGACAAGCCAUUAUUAACAAUCUAGACUGUGCUUUUACAAUUAUCUCAGAUAUUGAAAAGGAUAGUCCAUUUGUGUUUAGGGAACAGAUUUUGAGUUGUUCAAGUGUAAAAUCUUCAGAUAUG